GUGCAGAUGGAUGAAAAGAUGAGCAUUCUGUCAGACAGUGAGACCAAAUGACAUUCUUCUCUAUCAAAGGAAAUGCUCUAAUCACUUGAGACUUACACACACACACUGAACGUGUUUCUCAUCGUGAAAAGGGUGUGCAGGAAACAGGUUCGUUUAUUCAAUAUCAUAACUUGCUUCCAUUUCCUAUAAUAAUUACUCAGCAGCACCGUUUCAUGAGAAAGUAGCAAAGUUGGUUGUGGCUGUGGUUUCAUCUUUGCAUCUGAUACAACAUGGUGAAGAGAGUGAGGUCUGAUUCGGGACCACUGUCCCUGCAAAAGCACAACCAUGUGUGUGUCAAGUUAGCACUCUCAAUUUUCUUGGUGGGUCUCGCUGUUCGUCUUCUCUUGUGGGAUUCAUUCAGUUUCUUAUCAGUGGUGGAGUCACCUCCUGUGGAAGAUGCAAAAGCAGAGUCCCCUGUUUUACCUUCUUCUGAUCUUCAGGCUUCUGAUUCUGAUGACUUUCCGGAAUCUCCUCAGAAUCAGACUCAUAUCUCUAAGGAUGCUGCAGGAAAAUGUGAUCUUUUUGUGGGAGAAUGGGUGCCAGACCAAUCUGGGCCUGUGUACACUAAUGAAAGCUGCCGGGUGAUUGAGCCUCAUCAAAAUUGUAUGAAGAAUGGACGUCCUGAUUCAGGGUAUCUGUACUGGAGGUGGAGUCCAAGAGACUGUAAAUUGCCCAAGUUCAAUCCCAAGAAGUUUCUUAAGUUUAUGAGAAAUAAAUCAUUGGCUUUCAUUGGUGAUUCAAUCUCUCGUAAUCAAGUUCAGUCCCUGCUUUGCAUUCUCUCAAAGGUGGAACCUGCUGUUGAAAUUUACCAUGACAAGGAAUACAGAUCAAAGAUAUGGAAAUUUCGCUCUCAUAACUUCACACUCUCAGUAAUCUGGACCCCUUUCCUUGUUAAAGCAGCUAUAUUUGAGGAUAUGAAUGGAGUUACCUCAUCAGAGAUACAACUUUAUGUUGACACUCUAGAUAAGUGGACCAACCAAUAUAAGAACUUUGACUAUGUUGUCAUUGGUGGUGGAAAAUGGUUUCUCAAGACUGCAAUAUACCAUGAAAACAACACAGUAACCGGUUGCCACUACUGCCCUGGAAAGAACUUAACAGAGCUGGGAUUUGACUAUGCUUACCGCAAAGUACUACAAGAAGUUUUCAAGUUCUUCACAAACUCUAAACACAAGGCCACUGUUCUCUUCAGAACCACCACACCUGACCACUUUGAGAAUGGGGAGUGGUUUAGUGGAGGGUAUUGCAAUAGAACUGUACCCUUCAAGGAGGGUCAGAUUCAUAUGAUAGAUGUGGAUUCCAUAAUGAGAGGUAUUGAACUUGAAGAGUUUGAGAAGGCUGCUUCCCUAGGAUCUCAAAGGGUGAACUUGCAACUUUUGGACACAACACUCCUUUCAUUGCUGAGACCAGAUGGGCAUCCAGGACCUUACAGGAAGUUCCAGCCAUUUGCAAAAGACAAGAAUGCUAAAGUUCAAAACGAUUGUCUACAUUGGUGUUUGCCCGGACCAAUUGACUCAUGGAAUGACAUCAUAAUGCAAAUGCUACUCAAUGCCUAAUAAACAACAAGCUAUCACCAGAUCAUUAAGGUUUGAAGCUGGUUAAAAAUAUGAUCAUCUUAAAUUCAGGAUUCUUUGUUGCAUGGUAGUUUCUCAAUACCAUUAGUAGUUUGCAAAAAGGAAGUUUUAUACACAAAGGCAUUAGGUUGAACUCCGCUCUGUACAUGGGACUGUAUAGCUUAAUAAAAGCUAGCAAGACACAAAUGUAAACCGUAGCACUCAAUAUAAACUCAUCUUAUGUCCUUUUCA